GUGAAAGUAUGGGGUCUGGGCGGAGGGUGGGGCUGGUGGGUCCAGGCAGCGCUGACCACGGCUGGGAAGUCCCAGCUGUUGGUCACUCACUCAGCUUCUUUGGAGGCCCCGAAGCCUGGCCCAGCUCUGAGGGCCCCACUCGGCCUUCAUCUCCAGGUGCCCGGUUCUGCCUAGGGACCCAGUCUCCGCCUACUUAGCAGGUAUGCUCCAGGCAGGUGGGGCCAGAGGGCCACAGGGGCGCUGUGGGCAGAGGGUGGGCUUGAGAGACUGAGGACAUUCUGGUUCUGCCAGUGGCCUUCUGGGCCAAGGGCCUUGGCUUGGAGCCUAGCUGAUGAGGCCGGAGGGCCAGCUUGAGUCACACACAAAGACGCACACACAGACACACACAUGCGGAAAGCAAAGACAAGCAUGCAGGCACAGACAGACACAGACACACAGAGACUCACGGAGAGAACCCCCGGCAGGCACUUGGACCCGCAUAUACAGGGAGAUGCUCAGCCCAACAUCCAGAUGUGCAAACCAGACGCACACUGUGUGGACACACAUAUGGGCUCACAUCUGGGUGGGUGGUGGGUCAGGCCCUCUCCUUCCCCCAGAGAGAGGGCUCCUGUGCCUGUCCCUGUCAUGGGAAUAGGGCGUGUGACUGUGGUCUGGGACUCAGGUGGUCAGGGAAGGCUUCUUUGUAUGAGGAAGAGCCACUUCUGCUGAGCCUUGAAGGAGAUGACAGCCAGAGGAGGUGGGGUGAGAUCACUGUAAGUGGAGGGACCAGGCUGUGCAAAGGUGUGGGGGGAGGGGAGUGGUGCUGAGUGGGUGGUGAGUAGGAGAUGAAGCCAGUAGGGUCGGAUAGGAAGGGCUUUGAAUGCCAAGGUAAGGAGUCAGAGCUUCUGCUGACAAUGCCGGCAGCUGGGAGGGUGGUAUGUUAUUUUUUAAUUUUUUUGUUCUUGUUGAGAAUAUACACAGCAAAACAGCCAAAAAACCAAACCAAACCCAGUGCCAUCAAGUUGAUUCCGACCCAUAGCGACCCUAUAGGCCAGAGUAGAACUGCCCCAUAGAGUUUCCAAGGAGCGCCUGGUGGAUUCAAACUGCCAGCCUUUUGGUUAGCAGCCGUAGCACUUAACUACUACGCCACCAGGUUUUCCACAGCAAAACAUACACCCCUUAAGCCAUUUCUACACGUAUAAUUCAGUGACGCUGAGUACAUUCUUUGAGUUGUGCAACCAUUCUCACUGGAAGGGUGAUAUGUUUUGUUGCUCUCCUGAAAGGGAGACUUUUAAAUACCUUUUUCUAACGGUCUUUGCUGUGGUCUAGGAAAGGAAGUGAUCGUAUUUGCAUCUUGUAUUCCCAACAUCUACAUACAAAGCUUACUAAACCCUUACUAAGCUCCAACAAUUGUCAGCCUCAGAUUUUCUAAGGAGACAGUCAUAUCACCCUCAACGAGGUGGAGUGACACAGUGGCUGCAUCAAUGAGCUCAAGCUUAACAACGAUUGUGAGGAUGGCGUAGACCGGGCAGUGUUUCGUUCUGUUGUAAGUAGGGUCGCUAUGAGUCGGAACUGACUUGACGGCACCUAACAACAACAAUCAUACCACCACAAAUAAUGAGUUUUAUCCGUUCCUUCCCAAUAUUCUUACCUCUUAUUUAUAUUUUUUCUUGCCUUAUUGCCUUAACUAGUUCUUCCAGGUAAAUGUUGGAUAGUGAAGGUGGGAACGCUUGUCCUUGUCAAGUCCCUGACUUUCAGAAGACAUCUUACUUUCACGGCAGGUUUCAAGGGAGGUUUCUAUUUUGGCAAGAACCACUGACUGCUCUGAGACGGGCCCCAGGGGCCCAGGAAGGAGAGCAGUGAGGAGGCUACGGCUGGGGUCAGGUGAUGGUGGAGGGCAGGUGGCAGGCCCGAAGGGGAGACAGGCCUUCCCAUGGGUAGUGCCCAGGGUACAGGCAGUGCCCUGUUUACAGGGACUAGUUUUAUGUUUGGAAGGAUGGGGCAGUGGUCCAGCUCUAUGGUGGGUGGUUGGUCGGGUGGAUUGGGCACUGAAGGGGCUGCUGCAGCAGCGAAGGGCUAGCAAGAGGGGGGGGAAGCUGAGGUGGGGGGCUGGGGAGAGCAAGGGUGGCACCUGAGACAGCCUCGUUUUGUUGCUCCAGUCACCACUUGCUGCCUUCUCCAGGCCUGACUUCUUGACCACAGUGGGGGUGGUCCAGGGUGGGAGUUCCCAAUGACUGUGGCUUUUGGGUGGUGUCCUCACCCCUGGCCCUGAUGCAGCUGGGCAUGGGUCUCUAGGGCCUUGAGGCUCAGCCAAUUCCGAGCCCAGGCCUUACAGAACAUUCAGGGCAAUAGGGGCAGAGAGAGAGAGAGAGCCAGCUGGCUAGCCAGAGAGAGGCCCCCUGGAUGCACUGAGAGACACCUGGCCAGGCAAGCCUGGGGAGGGGGUCCUGACACUGGAGGCUUACCCCUCUUCUAGGCCGGGCUCUGGGGUGAUGGGGAGGGGGCGGGCAGAACCUCCCGGGGCAGCGCAGGGGGUCACAUCACCAGGGACCUGAGUGCCCGCUGAGCAAACAGAUGGUGAGAGCUGGUGACGCAACAGUCUGAGGGCUCCCUGGAGGUGGGGGUGCCUGCAUCCCUGGAUCCUGACACCCAGGUCAGAUCUGGGGAGGAAGGAAAGCAGGCCAGUUGGGGGUGGUCUGAGGGAAAGGCGGGAGGACAGAGGGACACAGGGGACAGAAGAGGCUUGUAGCUUGGCUGUGGAUGCAUGUCACAGGGCCUAGGGGAGCUGCAAAAAAUGGGUUCGGGAAGGGGGCUCCGGAUGCUUGGCCUCAGGGUGUGGGGGCCACGGAGGGGCCUGACACAGGAGUGGCUCAUCGGGACUUGCGCUUUGGGAAGGUCAGGGCUGGUGGGGGAGGCUGCUGGGAGCAGGGUCAGGGGUGGUGUGGCUGGAGGCCAAGGGGCUGUCUGGGGCCUUUCAGUGCAGCUCUGGGGACAGGGUGGUUGAGCAGACUGGGCACCCAGGCCCAGGCCUGUGUAACCUCCCACGGGAUGCACCCAGGCAGCUGUCCCCCCCUUACCCCGGAAUCUGUCUCUGGGCUUCCUGGGAGAGGACUUCAAGCUCUCUGGCCCCUCUCCUGGCAUCUCGGGCCCCUCUGCCAGGAAAAGGGGCUUUGGGCAGCAAGCCUGGCUCCCUAGCGCUUGGGGAAACACAGGCCAGUCUCUGCUCCCAGGUUUCCAGACAGACCUGGACUCAUUCCAGGCUCCUCGCACCUGAGCUGUGUGGCCUGAGGCAAGAUCCAGCCCAUCUCUGAGGCUCAGUUUCAUCUCUGAAAUGGGGUGAAUGACAGUCACUCCUGUAACCAUGCUGUUAUGGGGAUCUGUGCCAGGCAUCAGGCUAGGCACACAGCAGGUACUUACUAAGUGUGAGCUCUUCCCAACCAACCAAGGGAGAGCCUGGCUGUCCUUUCCCUGUGUUGUUGCCCCUCCCCUCCACCCCCUGCACGGGGGAGGGGACAGGGAGGGCUAGCCCAGGUUGGAAGGGUCUCUUCAUCACUACUCCUGCCCCUGUGGGUGCAGCCCCAGUGCCUGCUGCUCAGAGUGGCACCAGAGAGGUGAGGGGGCUGUGUGGUCAGCUUCAGGGACUGUGUUCCUGCCGUGUGUGGGUUGGGUUUGAGCUGGGGCAGGGUUAGGAGGCACCAGGGGAAGCAUAUGACCUGUGGCCAGGGCGGGGCCGAUAAGGCCUCAGCAGUCACCUGGGCCACCCUCCCUCCUCCCUUGGCAGGGCCUCCUUUCAACUUCUCUGUGUCUGUCCCUGGAACCUCAAAGAAGGUAGGCCUACAAGGACCAGAACAGACCCUGCCAGACAGUGUGGAGGCGGGUGGGGGUCUGGGACUGCUUAUCACAGUGUCACCCCACUGCAGAGAAGCUGAGGCCCAAUGUUGCCAGGGUCAGGUGCUGGCUCCAGCCUGGGCUUUGUCCUGGUACCUGGUGGGGAGGGGAGGGAGUCCUGGGGUGGGCUGGGGGCUUUGCCUCUGCUUGGCUGGGGACUUCAGUAGGUCUAGCCCUUCUUGGGCCUCAGUUUCUCCAAGGGUAAGGUGGGCCCUUGCUGGCUUAAUCCACUCCCCCAGCCCCCAGUGGCCACGUCUGCACAAUGGGAUGGGCGGGAGCAGGUUGGGAAGGUCCCCUUGUCUCUCCCGCCCCCAGCUUAACCAACCGGAAGCCAGAAGAGCAAACACAGCCAGCUCUUCUCCCGCUGGAGAGGGGGUGGGUAGGGCCAAGGGGUGGUCUGCAGGGGCAGGGGCAGACCUGACUCAGCAUCUUGCAGGCAGGGGUCAGGGCACAGCACAAGGGGUUGGCAGGGGUGGGAAGCAGUGAUGGAAACCCCUCCACUCCCUCCCCCAGUUAAAUAUAAACCCGAAGCCCCUCCCGCAGCCUCCCCUGUGGCCUGCAAGACCACGAUAAGCCACAGGAUGGCCUUGGCCAGUGCCCUCAGGCCGGACCUGCCUCUGGCUCUUCAGGCCCCUGGGAAGGGGGUAGAUGCCUGUGGGGCCCCUGGGCACCCUUCUGAGCAGAAGCAGUCAGGCCUGUUCGGUUGAACUGGGGGUGAGCUGGGGGUUCUGGAGGGUGGCAAAGGGACUGGAGUGGGGGGCAGACAUUCUAGGCUUCAGGACCUAGAAGUCCUGGUGGCAGCUGCUGGCUGGGGUUUGGGCUGGGCCCCAGAACCUGAAAGCUUAACUCCCUGCUCUAAUUCUGGAGAGGGUCUGGCCCAGCAGGCCGAGUGAGGUGUGGGCACGGAGGGACCCUCUGGGGAUGGUAGGGAGGCGUCCAGGAAGGCAUCCCAUGGAAGUGGCUGUCUAUGUCUCAGCUCGCAGCUGAGGCCUGGCACGAAGAAGGUGGCUUGAGGGUCAUCUCCCCCUGGAAGCCUUCCUGACCAAGCCCCUGGGCCUGGCCAGGCCUCAUGGGGCUCUCCUUUCUGGGUUUCUGUGUUUGCUUCCCAGGACUAGGCAACUCUUCUCCCCUCAGGCCUCCUGAGCCUCCUCCUCAUCCCCAGCUCUCCUGCCACCAAGAUGCAGUCAUCACAGCCAGUGACUCCUGGGCCGGAGAUGCAAAGCCGGAAGGAGCCAGCUCAACAGCAGACCCCAGCACGGGGUACUCGGCGGGUGAGCAGCGGGGACAUGCCCAGCACCCAAUACGAUGAGGUUGCAUGGCCUAGUCUGGGCACUUUGCGUCGGGCCUUCACCCGGGUGAGCCAACGGGCCCGGGUCCCUGAGGACCCCAGCCUACUCCGGCGGAGCUCUCGAUUCCUGUUCCGGUCCUUUCGACGCACUCUGGAGGAGGGCAUGGCUGGUGACGGGCCCCAGACCCCCACUGUGCCAGGGGAGGCCCACCGCCUGGAGAUGCCCUCCAAGGGCAUGGAUGGUGUCAGCCAGCAGGCAUCCACUGGGGUGGGGCCUGAGGAACUGGAAACCGAUUCAGAAGGCAAAUCUGUGGCCGACCUCAUUACUGAGCGGCACCUGCUGGCGGCCUUCGAACAGCUGAGGCACCUGGAGACGCAGCUGGUGGCCGCCAAGGCCUCGCACGCCUACGAGGAGGACCCCACGGGCUUCGCGCGGCGCGCCAUGGACGUAUGCCUGCUCUACGACGGGCUGGCCGCCGAGAUCGGAGCCAUGGUGAGCGAGACGCUGGGUCCGGACGGCGUGGACGCGGCCGCGCUCGCCGAACUGGCCCGCGUGGUGCGCGCCGAGGAGGAGGCCCACCCAGCGCCCCCUGCCGACGGAGACUUCCUGCGCACGCCGCGCCGCUGGCGCCAGCACUGGGAGGGCGCGGUGCGACGAAGCGCGCGGGAGCGUGUCAGGCGGGUAGGCUCCGGGGCGGCCCUGGGGGACAACGAGGGCUCAUCUGGCCUGGCCCGCCUUCUGGCGGAGCUCGGCGGCCUGGUCCGCCGCGACCUGCAGAAGGUGCGGCUGGAGGUGCAGCCUGUCUACGCGGCCGCGGGCUUCCCGGCGUGGGAGGCCUACCUGCGCGCUUUCCACGGCGCGGUGGCCCAGCGCCUCCAGGAACUGGCGUGUGAGGCACGCGGUUGUGAGCAGCUCUACGUCCUGCUGGACUGGGCCGCCAAUGUCUACAGAAGUCCUGACUUCCUGGGCGCCCCAGACCUGGCGCUGCCUGCAGAGCCACUGCCUCCACUCCUGGAGCCGGAAGUGUGGGCCCAGCUGGAGAAGGACUACACCAGCUUCCUAGAGACCAAGAUCGCCAACUGCUUCACAGGCAUCCUGCAGAUGGAGCAGAGUCGCUGGGCGGCAGCAGAGGCCCCCGACGUGCUGCAGGGCCGCUACCACGCGCCGCUGUCCUUUGACGUCCACAUGCUGGUGGCCGAGCACGUGAAGGCGGCCGGCGCCAUCUCUGCAGAGCUAGAGGCCACCACCCUGCGGAUCUGCGCGCGGGCGCUCGGCCUCUUCGUGCCCAGGUUUGAAAAAGCUUUUCUGGAGUCAGAAGCUGUGAGCGAGCCGCACCUGGGCGCCUACAUCAACGCCUGCGAGGAGUUCAGGACCAGUCUUCUGGCCAGGUUCCCAGGCAUCUUUGAGGAACUGGAGAAGCCCCUGGCAGCUACCACCUCCAGCUUCCAGAAGCAUAUACUACAGGGUUUUCAGAGUGAUGUCCAGCCACUCUUCAGGGCUGUGUGCACCAAGGCCUGGCUGACACAAGACGUGCUUCAGCCUGUCAUGGACAAGGUGGUGGCCUUUGGCCGCCAUCUCGAGCUCUUGGCUCCAUCCCCGGGGCAGGAGAUCCUGAACGAGGCACACCGCUUCGUGGUCCGCGAGUAUCUGGUGCAUGCGCUGAGGCCACGCGAGCGGUUCCGGGGCGUCGAGCGCCUGACUGGCUCCCAUAAGAUGAGCCUCGACGCCCAGGCCAUUGGCGACACCUUCCAGGGCCUGGGCUCGGAGGCCUCGUGGCUGGACCAGGCCAUCCCGUGCGUGUCUGAGAUCCUGGGUGAGACGUACAAGGACGACAUCGGCCGCCACCUGGAGACGCUCAUCGGGAGCUACCAGGACGUCAGGCGGGAGCACGUGCUGGCCCUGCUGGCGCUGCGCCGACUGGGCCGUCGCCGGAACCAGCGACUGUUGCAGCAUGCUCAGCGCCUGCUGAGGGCCGCGGCCAAGGCUGGGGAUUCUGGGGCCACCAGGGGCCGCGUGCUGUUUGCAGAGAUCGAAGUGCCCACCUCCGUGGACGUUCUGAUCACCUGCAUCUAACGGGCCACCACCAGAGCUGACAGCAGGUUGUGGAUCUGUGGUUGGCGGAGGGCCAGCUACCCUCCCCCAGGCACCCAGCCCCAAGCUUGGAGCCCAUGGUCAUGGAAUUUUCCCCUCAGCCAUGCACGCCUGCUUUGCCGGAAGGAACAGCGAUGAUGGGACAUCUGAGGCAUUUGCGGGGGAGUACUGAGGUGGCAGAGACUAUCUCCCUUACUGUGCAGCCUCCCUGCCUCACUGUCCAGCCCCACCCCCCCAUCUGGGAGAGAAGAACAGAGUAUUUAUUUUUAAACUAAAUGUGAAUUAAAACGGUGCCUCCUUAAGAAGGGUCUGUGUCACGCUGGCUGGGAGUGGGAGGCCUGGGUCCCCAUGCACUGAGGGUCUGUCUGGGCUUGGGGGCUCGGUGAUGACUCCACGUGGUGGCUAGCCCCUUCCUGCCUUUAGUCCUAUUGUAUAGGUGAGAAGACUGAGGGAGGUCCAAGCUGGGAAGGCCCACACCUGUGGCUGCAUAGCCAAACAGGCUGACUCUGGGACUCUGGGUCCACUAGCCUCAGGUGCCAAGUGAGCCUCGCCCAGCUGCGUUUGGUCUUGCCCUGGGGGGGACAAGAAGAAGGCAAGGCUUGUUCUGCAGCUUCAGGUAUUUAGGCUAGAUGUGAGAGGAACUUUCCAGCAGUGAAAUUUGUCAGGCUGCUGUAGAGCAAACGUCACCCAUGGAGCAUCGAGACGGGGGUGACCCUGCAGGCCUUAGCUCUGGAGGUGGGGCUGUAAGGAGUGUGCACCCUGUCCCUCCCCCUCCCGCCCCCAUCCUUGUCUCGAGGAAUGCUGCUGCUGUAACUUGGCUCCAGCCUGGGCAUCAGGCUGCCAGGAAAGCCAUUUGCAUUGGCAGCCUUGGGCUUGCCAGGGAAGCUGAGUAGCUGAGAUGGGGAUUUACAGGGAGAUUGUGAUCGAAGCCUUCCCUUUCCUUCCCCAUCCUUUACACAGGCCUCACCUGUCUGAGAGAGGUGGAGCAGUACUGCAGGUGGGCCAAGGGACCUAACAAAGUUGAGUCAAGGACAAGGUGAGGGCCCUGAAAUGCUGCAGCUCAGUGAUGGGGCAAGAUCUCUCCCAACUACUUCCUUGCAUGUGGACACCUAGGACCAGUGCCCACGCAGCUCUGACUCACUCCCUACCCCCAGGCCCAAGCACAGAGCCAGGUACAGUCUGGUUGGGGCCCUGGCCUGGAGGUGGUCAUCUCCUCUGGUGUCAGGGCCAGCCCCCCUCCCCAACCAUGGGUGUGCCUAGGCUAGGGGCCAGGGGUGAGACAGGCAGGGCUGAGGGAGGAUCCAGACCUCCCUGGGUGUGGAAUCCAGAGAGGUUGGGGUGCAAGACAGAAAUGAGGAAGUCAAGUUCAAGGUUCCCAGGCUUCAGGGCUUGGGGUUGGGGUAGUGUGUGUGUAUGUGUAAACACUUGCCAAGCAGUCUUUGUGGCAGUGGAGAAACUGAGGCCGGCAGAGGGUGGAGGUUACACUGGGCCUCAGGACAGAUGGCCAGGGGUUCUCAUUGCUAUAGGGAAGGGGUGUUGCCAGAGGCGGGCCCCUUCCCUUAGGGGAGGGACCCAAGGGAGGAAGGGGCUGGUGAUUGACAGGCUAGCCCCUGCCAGACCCUGCAAGAGACCCCAGGGGCCAUCAGCAACCUUGGUGCAAGUCACAGGGGGACAUAGGAACCCAAAAACCCAACCAAACUCAUUGCCAUCAAGUUAGUUCUGACUCAUAGCGACUCUAUAGGACAGAGUAGAACUACCCCAUAGGGUUUCCAAGGCUGUUACUAUGAGUUGGAAUUGUCCAACUAGUGGCAACAGGUGUGCGUUAACCUGUACGGAAGCAGAUUGCCACAUCUCCUGUGGAGUGGCUGGUGGGUUCAAACCACCAACCUUUGGGUUAGCAGCUGAGCGCUGAACCACUGUGCCACUAGGGCUCCUUAUAGGAAGCCUGACCUGGUCUACUCUGGUCCUGGCCGGGCUCUCCCCAGGGGGCCCCUUCGCAACCCCAGCCCUGCCAGCAGCCCUGGCUCUGCUGCUCCUCAGCCUGAGGGUGUAGGCAGGUUCUUUCCUGUCUCUGCAUCUCAGUCCUAGCUGUGAAAUGGGGAUGCUGGGAAGGAUGAAGUAAGAAGUAGCCAUAAAGCCAGGCUUCUGUACUCUGUGACCCUGUGCUCCCAGGGGCCUAUUCAGGCCAUGGUCUGCAAGAAGCUGAGGCGGCCCUGGGUGUAGGGGUGAGGGAGCCCUGAGUGCUCAGUGACACCUGAGGUGGAGUGGGGAAGAUCCCCCAGGGGUGGCUGGGAAGAAGCUGAAAGCUGAGCAGCAUCUGUCCUCGAGAGCUUCACACAGCCAGGAUGGCCUUCCUGGCCUGCCUAGAGGUUUCUAGGCCCAGAGACAGGAAGCCGCGAUUUUCUUGGCAGGCACUGUGCACGCAUGUGUAUCGGUACUUGGCAGAGGGGGUAUGUGUACAUGUGUGUGCAUAUUUCUGUGAGCCCAGUAGUGUCUGGGGGCUGGGGUUGACUUCCUAAGGCCAAACCUGGGUGAGCAGGAGGGAGGAGGAGGACCAGAGGGUGGGUGAGGCCAGGGAACCUGGGCUGAUUCAGAAACAGGACUCUGGAGGGCUCUGCUCAGGAUCCUCUCACCCCCUACCAGAUCCCAUGAGGCCUUGCAAAAACCCUAGAGUAUUUCUUUGGCCAUCUUGUUCAGGCAGGCAUGGGGGAUGCCGGGACCUGGGAGCCUGGUUCUCAGAACUUUCCAGAGUUAUUGGCUAGGUUGUUUCACUGAUGACGCGGUGUGUGUGUGUGUGUGUGUGGUCUGUCUGUCUGUGGGAUGUGCUGGCCUGUCAGUGCCCCUGGAAUGGAGGGGUUUUGCCCAGCCCCCAUGCUCCUCCGUGGGGCAGGACAGCCUGAGGCCAUCUCAUUGGACCCUUAAGCUUAUACCCCAAGCCCCGCCAGCUGUCCCCUGGUCCCAGCCCCUGCCUGUCCACUUCCCCCAGCUACAUCCCCUUCAGGGCCCAGCUUGCCUUCCCCCAGGGCCACCUGUCCCCUGGGGCUCCUUCAUUUACUAGGGUUGCCUUUGGUCUCUAUCCCUGAGCUGGGGGUCUUUGAAGAGGGGCUUGCUCUGAGAAAUGUCUGGGGCCCUGGCCAAGGCUGGAGUUGGGGAGGGCAGUGAAGAGAUGCAGAGGCUGAGCCUGCUUGAGGCAGGAACUCCCGUCUGAGGGGCUGAAUCUCAGCCUGCUUGGCCCAGGGAGGGCAUGGAAUUGGCAGAGUGAGGGGGCUAGAGUGUCUACCCAGCUCAUGCGGGGGCCUAUAACCCCUGUAACCCACUCCCCCUUCUGGUCCCCUGGUUCUCAGGUCCAGCCCCUCUGGGUGUGUCCUGCUAGAAAAGUCCAUUGAACAGAGUCGACAAAACCGAGUUCAGAUCCCAGCUCUGUGGUGCCCUGGUUGGUGCCCUGGGUCUCUCCCUUCUCAGACUGUAAAGGGAGAGAUGGCCCUGGAGGCAGGGGAGCAUGGGGACAAAUGGAAAUGUCCACAGAGGUCCUGGCACCAGAGGUGUGGUGUGAGUGGUGGUCAGCCAUGUCACCGCCAGACCUGGUCAGCCCCUCCCUCUUCCUUCCUUGCCCGGUGACCCUGGCCUCUUCCUUCCCGCCCUGGGCCUCAGCAGACCCCUGAACAUCAGGGCAGCACCUUCAUCAUUGCAAGGCCCCUCACCACUGCCUGAGAGGGUCCCCAAGGCUACCCUCCCUCCCAAUCUCACUUCCUCCUUUUGUUUCCAAAAGAGGCCCCUUUGGAAACUCCAGCAGACAGGGGUAGGAGGCUCACCCGCCCUGUCGGUGUCUGCCUGCUGCCAGCCGAAGGCGACACUGCUCUUCCCCAGCCAGCCAGUCCGGAGUGCUGUCCUGGGGGCUGCGUUGAUGAGGUGUGAGCACCUUCUGAGGGCAUACUAGUGUUCACUGUAGGAAGGGUACCUGAUGGAGUAUCCAAAGAAUGUCCCCCUGGGAUUGCAUCGUUGAGUUUAAGCCUUUCGGGAUUUCCACUGUUUGUAUCAUAAGUGGAAAGUUGCUUUGAAUCAUGAGGACUUUCAUCUGUACCACCUAUAGAAAGAGCGGUACCAACUACCUGCUGAGUCCGUGGUGAGAACAAAUCCGAGGAAUUAUGAGACGUGAUGUGUGGUGAUCUCCAUUUGUAACCAGGUAUGAAUGAACAAUCAAUAAUAGGAUCACCUGUAGAUCUUGAUUCAGGCUGAGAAACUAGCCAGAUGGCUACCUCUGUGAUUUUCAGGCUGCAAUGCAUGAACUAUACCUCGACUAUGGUGGCCUUUCUUUCGAGUGUGGACCCUGCGUGGCUUUGUCCCAAAUGUUUGAAAUAACUGGUUUUGAAUUUGAAAUCACCCUGACAAAGUGAAUUUCAGCAUCUUUGUUUACAUGAUCCACCCCAACAAAGAUCAGUUAUGCGUCUUCAGCGUCACAGCCGCCAUGUUGGAUUCUUUUACAUUUUUCUGUGGUUCUGAUGGUUGUUCUUCCCCGUCCAAGAAGAGAUCUGCCAUUUUGGAUUUUUGUUUUUUUUUACUUGAAGCAAGUGGUCUCUUCGCCUUCCAGUGCUUUCUUUUAUACAUAUUGCCACCAGUUCCUGAAGUUGUGGGAUUCGGGGGGACUCAAUAUUUGCCAGUCUGUGCCACAGGGAUGGGGAAGCUGGUGUGUCCUGGCCAUUAUAUCCUUGAGAAAUUUUCUGGUUUUCUGUUUUUUUUUUUUGUUACUGUAACAUAAAUUUAAAUGUCAUUUGUUUACAUUUUUUAAAAGUUUUAACAUGUUUCUGUCCAGAUAUUUUUUCAUCUUAUUUUCCUAUUUUAACAAAUGACAUCUUGAACCACUGAAAUACAGCAAACCAAACACAGGAACAAACAUCUUUGACCCUAACUCACUGUUAACUGCUGCAUGUUCUCUGAGAGACACAUUUGAAAGCUUUUAUUAUUGGCUAAACUAAACUAAUUUAUGCCAGAAUAGUCUUAGAACUAUAUGCUGUCUAUUUUCAUAUUCUCUAACUUUAGUUUUGAUUCUGAUAUUCUUAGCAUUUGUCCUUCUAUGAAUUCUGUCUCUAAAAAGUCUCGUUAAAGAUCAUCGCCCUCUUAAUUUUUUUUGUCUUUGGGAAAAUACAAUAAUUCUGUUGAGUCCCUGGGUGGCACAAAUCGUUAAGCACUUGAUUAUUAACGAAAAAGUUGGUAGUUUGAAGUCAAUUGGCAAAAUAAUUCUAUUAUGAAAACAUUCUGCAUCCCACUUUGAAAUGUGGCGUCUGGGGUCUUAAAUGCUAACAAGCGGCCAUCUAAGAUGCAUCAAUUGGUCUCAACCCACCUGGAUCAAAGGAGAAUGAAGAACACCAAGGACACAAGAUAACUAAGAGCCCAAGAGACAGAAAGGGCCACAUGAACCAGAGACCUACAUCAUCUUGAGACCAGAAGAACUAGUUGGUGCCCGGCCACAACCGAUGACUGCCCUGACAGGGAGCACAACAGAGAACCCCUGAGGGAGCAGGAGAUCAGUGAGAUGCAGACCCCGAAUUCUCACAAAAAGACCAUACUUAAUGGUCUGACUGAGACUAGAAGAAUCCCGGUGGUCAUGGUCCCCAAACCUUCUGUUGGCCCAGGACAGGAACCAUUCCCGAAGACAACUCAUCAGACAUGGAAGGGACUGGACAGUGGGUAGGAGAGAGAUGCUGAUGAAGAGUGAGCUAUUUGUAUCAGGUGGACACUUGAGACUGUGUUGGCAUCUCCUGUCUGGAGAGGGGAUGGGAGGAUAGAGAGAGUUGGAAGCUGGCAAAAUUGUCAGGAAAGGAGAGCCUGGAAGGGCUGACUCAUUAGGGGGAGAGCAAGUGGGAGUACGGAGUAAGGUGUAUAUAAACUUAUAUGUAACAGUUUGACUUGAUUUGUGAACGUUCACUUGAAGCUCAAUAAAAGUUAAUAAAAAAAAAAAAAAAAAGUUGGUAGUUUGAACCCACCCAGAGAGGCCUCGAAAGGCCUGCCGAUCUACUCCCAAAAGAUCAGUCUUGAAAAUCCUGUGGUGCUUAGCUCUACUCUGCAACACGUGAGGUCGACGUGAGUCAGAACCGAUUCGUUGGCAACUGGUGGUAACUGGUUGUAUUUGACUUUUUUUCUCCAUCACGGAUUUGUUUAAUCCAAACCUGGUUACUCACUGUGGCAACCCUAAAAAAGCCGAUAGGAGAAUGAACUUUGUUAUCUAUGAAAGAUUUUUAAAUGCAUAGCGAAUGAUUAAAAGUUUGAAGGUAACAGGUGGUCAAAAUAUGUGUGUGUGGACUGGUCCUUUUUGAACCUAAAUCUCUUAGAUUGAUACCAAAAAAACCAAACCCAUGGCUGUCGAGUUGAUUCUGACUCAUAAAGACCUUUCAGGACAGGGCAGAAUUGCCCCAUAGGGUUUCCAAGGCUAUAAAUCUUUAUGGAAGCAGACUGCCACAUCUUCCUCCUUUAAGUGGCUGGUGGGUUUGAACUGCUGACCUUUCACCUAGCAGCCAAGCACUUAACCGCUGCACCACCAGGACUCCUUAUUCUUAGACUGAUGCCUGAUUGGACAUGGGGCCUUUCUCCUCCUCAUCUCAGCUCUCUCCUAAAAUGACCUUUCACAAGGCUCUCUCUCCCACAGCAAGUGAUGAUGCAUAAUGAACAAGUUCAACUCCCUUUUAGGAAAUUCAACCCCCUUCUGGCAGAGGGCAGCCCCUGGGCUAGCUGCCUGCGUAGCCCUUCUCAAAGCAGCUGUUAUUUCCAGGAAAACAUCUGCAGAGCUUGGCCCAUAGAUGAGAAUACCACCCUGUGAGUGGAGGACUGAACCCAGUCAGAGCAGUGAAAUAACUUGCCCAGGGUUAUCCAACCUGGAAGGUGCAGAGGUGGGAUUCCAGCCCAGGGGCAUUGGAACCCAGAGGCUGAGCUCUUAACUGCUGUAGUGACUUGGAGGAGGGGGAGGGGACAGGGACAGGAAAACUGGAAAUCAUUGAGCAGAGCGCAGGGUGGGUGCCCCUGAAACAGCAGGACUUCUUAUGACCUUUCCCUUUCCCAGAGUCCUAAGAUUCCAUUAUUUCUUAGAUCGAUAGAAGCCUUCUCAGCCUCUCCCUGUCCAUAAAGUGAAACCACAGGAAUCCUCUUCGGAUGAGUUAACUCCAUUUCCAGGAACGAAGACAAAUCCCUUGGAGUGAAGCAAUACACAGGUGUAAGUGAUGGAGUUCAGAGGGCCCAGGUGGUCCCAGUGGCAUCACUAGGGUUGAUGUCCCUGUCUUAGUCAUCUAGUGCUGCUAUAACAGAAAUAAACACGUGGAUGGCUUUAAAAAAAAAGAGAAAUUUAUUCUCUCACAGUCUAGGAGGCUAGAAGUCCAAAUUCAGGGUGCCAGCUCCAGGGGAAGGCUUUUUCUCUCUG